AUGGUCGACCGUGGAUCAACCACCCUCUUUUUAGUUGGGAUAUUGGUGGUUCUCUUAACACCCAGUGUCCAAGCUUCCUCUAACAGUGAUUUUUCUGCUAGUGACGAAGAUGUCUUAGAGAAACUCAUACAACUACUCAAAUCAGUACACAAACAAGAGGACAAUGGAUAUCUGCCUAGCAAGGGAAAACAGCCAAAAAUCGAUUAUGACAGUCUACACCCGAUAAAGGAAAGUGCUCCAGAACAGGCAUCGGAAGAGAAAAAGAAUUUCAAGGAAUCCACAAUUUUAUGGGAGAAAGGACGAAUUCCAUAUACCUUUCAAUGCAACAUCAGUGAGGGGAAUCGGAUAAAAGUCAGAACGAUGAUGGACAAGCUCGAAGAAUAUUCAUGCAUCAAGUGGGAAUUUGUAAGUCCAGGUUCUACAGAAUACCACGUGCUCAUCGAAGACAAGAACGGGUGUCAGUCUCCGACUGGAAAUAUCAAGUCAUCCGCUGGAUUUCAGAUACUCUCACUGGACCAAUCCUUGUGUAUGAAUAAUGGUACCAUACUACACGAAUUGAGUCACACAAUUGGUAUGGAACAUGAACUCAGCCGACCAGAUCGUGACAAUCAGAUCAUCCUCCUUUGGGAUAACAUCCCUGGCGGAAUGUUCAACCCUAAUAUUAAGAUGAAGGACGACUUGCGCAUGUUUGCCACUCCCUUCGACAUCACUUCCAUCAUGCAGUACACGGCUGUAGCAAUGACAACUAGGAAGGGCACUCUGAGUUAUAAAACAAAGGAUGCUAAUCUUAUUGGUUUAACAUUGGAAGACCGCCAUGAUUUGUCCUUCUACGACAAACUCCUCAUCAACAGAGCUUACGACUGUGCUGGCCGUUGUCAUCCAAAGAGUUGCAAGAAUGGAGAAUUUCUGGACAAGAAUUGUACAUGUUUGUGUCCAGACGGUCUGACUGGAGAAUCAUGCGAAUCUGUUAUACAGGACGACAACUAUGUCAAUAAUGGUUCAAUUGUGAUUGGAUCUAUCGGCGAGAAAAUUACCGUGAAUUCUUCCGGUUACCCUAACACGAAUUACCCGACCGGAAGUAUCUGCCGAUGGCUUAUAGAGGGGCCAAAGGGAAGCAAGCUGCAUGCCACCAUCAGGGACAUGGACAUCGUAUCCAGCAGAAGUUCUGACAACGUAUACUGUAUACACUGGCUGGAGAUUCGUUACAACUUAAUAGCACAGCCUGGACCAGAAUUUUGUGGAGACAAUGGAGGACAAGUGACGACAAUAGAAACCGCUGACUACUCCGAGUCCAACAAGAUUUUAAUGAACUUUGAUACGACGAACGAAGCGUCAUCUGUCGGCCACCGAGGCUUCAGUCUCGAGUUCGUGGCUGUUGAAGGCAAUAAUGCCACGAAACCUGUGGACUUCUGCAGGGAUGUUAAUUGUCAAAACGGUGGUACCUGUAAUUCCAAUGACAACAACUACUGGUGUAGCUGUGUGGCCGGAUUCAUGGGACGUAACUGUGAAAGAACGUCCAGCGUUCAAAAUGACCAGAAUGAUAUAAACACAGUUUUUCAUUGUGACAACACAGCCACGGAUCAAUGUGAACUGGUUGAUUUGGGAACUGCAUGGGAAAUAGACGACAGUGGUCGUUUUGUAGUGAAACCACAACAACAGGCUCCCGUGCACCUUCCAAUUCAUUACAAUGUCACUCAACCAGAUCAGCAAUAUUGCUUCCACUUCAAAAUCAGCCGACCUAUCUCCCCUGAGGAGACGACAUGUUCCGAACUUACUUUUAUCGUCUCCAGGGAGGAAGAAUAUCCAGGUUUCACAUUAGAGUUCGACGAUUACCUACUGUUCGAUGACGACUGCACAGAAAAGACUGACUUCAGUGAAAUGAUCAGUUUUACAUCACAUUCAAAGAUCACUGGGAUGGAAUUCCUAGUGGAUAAUCUCCCAGACAGCGGAGCUGACAUCGCCCUAAGUGAUUUCGAGCUGCAGUCUACUCCCUGUUCUUAG